GCGUCUUCACGUAUCCUUCACGCGCGUCUCCUCUUGUGUCUUAUUGAGAGUCUUGCUGUCGCUCGCGGAGGGGGAGACGCGAUUCAAGACGAGCCAAGCCGUGCCGGACGGACCGGGUGCGCUCCAUUCUGAACACUUCCCGUCCCGGGAGGAGAGCGGCGCACAAGAGCGGAGUAUCUCUCUCCCUCUCUCUCUCUCUCUCUCUCUCUCACUACCUCUCUCACCCGCACUUUCCCCGAGAGUCUCUCUCACUCCCGCACACACACUCGCCGGCGCUUGCGCACCUUCUGCAUACGUCUCCACUUUGGCGUAGUAACUUGCGGCACUGAUCUCAACGACGCGCGCGGAUCCGUCUGUCGUGUUCGGCCCUCUCUUCGACGGAGCGACUUGGAGAAACGCUGGAAAAGUGACUCUUCUCAUCCUGCGUGUCUGCGAGGACCCCUGGUCAUGUCCGUUUAGCUCCCCUGCGUGAUGCCUGAUCAUGACAGCACCGCCCUCCUAACCAGACAGACCAAGCGCCGGCGCGUCGACAUCGGGGUGAAGAGGACUGUGGCUUGCGCGUUAUUCGGCCAGGCCAGGGAGACCCUGUUUGACAGCAUGAACCAAUCACACGGCCCCGACCAGGACGCAGACUGCUCGCUCGUCGGCCACGGGCACGGCGGCGCCAACGGGGACGGGGAGAAGUCCAAUGUUUUGAGGAAGUUGCUGAAGAGGGCCAACUCAUACGAAGACGCCCUGAUGCCUUUCCCUGGUGCCACCAUCAUCUCUCAGCUGCUGAAGAACACCAUGGGCAAGAAUGGAGGGAGUGACUCGGGCUUCCAGGGGAGUGGAGCUCUGUCCAGUGGAGGCUCAGAGAUCCAUGCAGAGGACGCCUGCAGCAACUCCGACCGUGACAGCCCGUCCGACUGCCUCUCCCCCGGGCCUCCUCUCCCCCCUCCACCGUCCUCCUCCUCUUCCUCCUCCUUCGGGCGACCACCGCCUCCUUCGAGCCUCAACUCCCACGCUCCCUCUCAGCCCCUCUCCUCCUUCGACUUGGACAGGAUGUCGGACGAGCACCUUCGCGCGAAGCGCGCCCGCGUGGAAAACAUCAUCCGCGGCAUGAGUCACUCACCACUGGUCCGGUCCAACGGCGACCACAACCAAGAAAGCCACCGAGAAAGCGAGAAUUGCAGCAACGGCAGUAACGACCACCGGAGAGACGGCAACAGCCACAACGCCAGCGGCCACAACCACAGCCGGAGCGACGGCCCUCCUUCCCUGCUGAGCUCCCCGGGCUCUCGGGGCGGCGUGGUCGGCGUAGGCGAGGUUUACAGGGAGAACAAGCGAAAGCAGCGCCUGCCACAGCAGCAGCACAGCUUCACCCAGCUGGUGUGUUCCAGGCAGGAGCAGAGACAGGAGGAGAGACGGCAGCUCAAGCUCCAACUGGAGGACAUGCAGAAACAGCUGCGCCAACUGCAGGAGAAGUUCUACCAGAUCUACGACUCGGAGACGGAGGAAGACGAAGACAACGGCGGAGAGGCCGACCGAGGUGGAGAAAGAGAGGACGACGGCAACCUGUCAGAGGACAGCAUCCGCUCCGACGGGCUGGAGGAGAGGCACAGGAACCGAGGGCGGCGGGGCAACGACGACCUGUCUGAGCUGGACCCGGGCCUCUUCCUGGACCGCGCCCGAGCCCUCCUGCGAGAACAGGCCCUGAUAGACGGAGAGAUGGAGGACGACAGGGAGGAUGCGGAGAGAAGUGUUGAGAGGGUGGUGAAGAGAAGAGAAAGAGCAGGAGGAGAGAGGGCGUUGGCGGAGACGCUGAAGCAGGAGCUGAACUGCGCCGUGUCGCAGGUCGUCGACACCGUCGUUAAGGGCUUCUCCUCGCCCAAGCAGGCUGUGGGUCACCACCACGGCCGCCACAGCAGCACGCCGGCCGCGCCGUCAUCUUCCUCCAACUCGUCCUCUUCUUGUCCUGCGCCUUUCGGCCCCCUCCCCUCCCUCACCCCACCCUCACGCUUUGGUGGCGGCGGCGUCCUGGGCCUCAGUAUGAACGGCGACAGCAGCCCGACCCCGAACUACCACUCCUCCGCCCAGCGGCUGCACUGCUUCGCCGAUGUAAUGGUCCCGAGCCCGCUGGACUCAUUCGGGGGUUUGAGUGGCCGACUGAGCGGCGUGCCGGCGCCCAACGACCAGACAGAGGCCCUGCCGCUGGUGGUGCGCAAGGGCGGCGGAGGAGGUGGAGGACAGAACAUUAACCCCUCUCUUCCUCCUCCUCCUCCUCCUCCUCCUCACCACCCCUCCCUCCACCCCUCUCCUCUCACGGCCUCGCUGGGGUUUAGCCCCCCGUCCUUUCGCCACCCGUUCCCUCUCCCCCUCAUGGGUUACCCCUUUCAAAGCCCCCUUUCACACGGGGGUGGAGCCAGCUACCCUCCGGGGCCCAAGGACCAUCAUCGCUCCUCCCCCGAUUCCAUGGACAUGACCCGCGAAGCCGCCAGCCUCAGAACCAAAAUGGCAUCGCUCGGCGGGGGCCAUCUCAGUCACCACCACCACCACCACCACCACCACAGGCAGAGCUCACCAGGGCAGCACGGGCCGGAGGGUCUGUCCCUGUCCCUCAUCAAGUCGGAGUGUGGGGACCUGCAGGACAUGGCCGACAUGUCGGCGUACUCGGGCAGCACCAUCCAGGAGGGCUUGUCUCCCAACCACCUGAAGAAGGCCAAGCUGAUGUUCUUCUACACCCGCUACCCUUCCUCCAACAUGCUCAAAAUAUUCUUCUCAGACGUCAAGUUCAAUCGCUGCAUCACCUCCCAGCUGAUCAAGUGGUUCAGCAACUUCAGGGAGUUCUACUACAUCCAGAUGGAGAAGUUCGCCCGGCAGUCCAUCAACGAGGGCGUGACCGCCUCGGAGGAGCUGGUGGUGAGCCGCGACGCCGAGCUCUUCAGGGCGCUCAACAUGCACUACAACAAGGCCAACGACUUCGAGGUUCCUGAACGAUUUCUGGAGGUUUCCCAGGUGACUCUCCGCGAGUUCUUCAACGCCAUCGUGGCGGGAAAGGACGCGGAUCCGUCCUGGAAGAAGGCCAUCUACAAGGUGAUCUGCAAACUGGACAGCGAGGUCCCCGAUGUGUUCAAAUCGCCCAACUGUCUACAAGAACUCCUUCACGACUGACCGGGCAGAGGGAAGACGCGCGGCGAGCGGGACAAAACCUCCGCGGGCCGAGAGGAGACCGGAACAGAGCGCCAUAAGUCAGCGAAAACACUCCUGGAGAGGUUUGUUGAUGGAUGUUUUCGGUCAGCCCAACUUUUAAAAAGACGUAAAUGCCCUCAAAAUGUUUCCUAAAGAAACAAAGAAUCCUUCUUGAAGAGGUAGAGGGCUCGAAAUCGUAGUCGACUGGUGAGACUUUUAUAAAAUUAAGCAAAGACGGUGAGACCUGAACCUCCACGCAGCUACAGAAAAGCUCCUCCGUCUGUUUUCUUCUCCACCUCAUCAAAGCGCGCGCUCCUUCUCUGGAGGAAUGAAGGAAUGAGGAAGAUGACUUGGGGUCAGGAAAGAAGUACAAAUAAAGAUGAUAAUAUAUUAAAAUAAAUCUUUUUAUUGUGAAUGUUUUUAAGUUUCAUGCACAUUUUUGGAGAAGUGAUGUUUCUGUAUUUUCUUGUCCUUUGUAUUACUCUUCUAUGAACCCUCAGUUACUUGCAUAGAUACACACAACCACAACACACACACUCACACGCCACUUGAAUAGGAAAGCACCGUAGCAUUCCCAAAUCCUCACCUCAACCAGGAAAAACUGCACAUAAAUUAACUUGUUGUUGUUUAUUUUCCUUCUUUUGUUCCCUCCUCUUUUUACUCCUCCCUCUUCUUACUGUACUGAGACUUAGUGGGUGUUUGUUUUGACCGUGUGCCCCCCCCCCCCACACUUUCCUGGCCGCCCCUCUUGGUUGGUGAUGCAUUAGGGCACCCAGAGCAUCCAAGAAAAAAAAUCCCCACGAUCUAAAUUUAGGACACGGCAUUUAAGAGAUGUACUAUUACAACUUUGGCUUUAAUUAUUAUCAUUUGUGUGCUUCAUUAUAUCUCCAAGAAUAUCUAAUCCAAAAAUCCCUUCUCUAAAGCAGCAGGUCACUCCCACAACCUCCUCUGUGGGGGGGGGGGGAACCUUCUGCCCCUCACACACGCAGGGCGCUCACAACAAUCAUCCAUUUUUUAAAUUUUGGUUUGGGAUUUUGGUUGAAAGUGGCCCUGUGCUCGCUGUGGGGGGGCCGAGGGGAGCAGCCACACACCGGCCGGGUCACGUGUGAAGUGUUUUAACAGCAGAAAAAAAGACAAAAUGCUGAUAUUUGUAGCUUGUAUAGAUGUAACAAUUAGUCCGAUAAUGUUAUUAUUUAUAAUUGAAAUAAUUAUUCCUAUUAAUGUUGAUGACAAUUAUUAUUGCUUGCUACAGAUUUGGCCAGUGGUUUUACUUAUUGUUUAUCCAUCACACUGCAACAUGAAAUAAAUUAUUCUUUGAAAAAAAUAAAAAUAAA